AUGAACAUUCGAAUGAACUGUCGAAUGGCGUUCGAACUGUCGAAUGCAUUGAAGUCUGGAGAAGGUAAAACUUCAGCUGAAUUAAAGAUGGCCUCCGCCACGUAUUCGUUUGUCGAAUGGCGGCCCCCCAGCGUUUGGCAAUUUACCCACAGCAGGCUCCCAGCCUGGGAGGUAAAUUGCCUGCACACUUCCACUUCUGGGUGGUCCGCCUGUGUGGUACCUGGUUCAGUAAGCUCCAUUUACUGAACCAAGGGGGAGAAAGCCAUAGACAAAGUAUUUGAAAGGUCUGAGGACAUAGUCUUAAAGAGGCAUUGUCACAGAAAGUCUCAAUAUAUCCCCAGACGGUUCUUAAAGGGCCAGCAUGGUCCAAUACAAGUCCAUAAACCACCAUGCAGUUCUUAAAGGGCCAACAGCAGCACAAUAUAAAUCCAUUAGCCCAAAUAAUGUUUGUAAAGUGCCAUACAACCCAGGGCCGUAGUCAUGAGGCAGGAGGCUGGCACUCAGGCUCCUCCAACAGCCAGGGGCAAAGGGCAAAUGUCACCUAAAAAUCCAGUGACAAAAGGCAUUUCGUCACAAUUAUCCUCUCUGUAAAAAUUUAAUUUAAAAUUCCUCGAUAACAUAUGGGUAUUUAUUUAUAGGAGUUCCUAUAAGGUUUUUUUCCUGCCUCUGUUUGCCCCUAUCCCCUAUCUACUUAUAACCAAAACAUAAUUUUAACUCGCUCAUUGAAAACAUAUUCAAAUUAAAAGUUCAAAUGAACUGUUAUACUUAUGAAAGGAUUACUGUAAUCCUUCUAUAACAUUUGAUUUAUUUUUUUUAAUUAAAAUUCCCUAUUGGGCAUAAUUUUUAGGUCUCCCCAUUGAAAUGCACUAAAAUAGUUUUAAUAUUGACCAGCAAUCUAGUGCCAGACGAAGCUCCCGGCACUGACUGCCUUCCUCCAUCUGACGUUAGCGGAGGCUCGUGUGAUGUAAUCACAGGCUUCUAGUAGAGAAACCUGUGAUUGGACCAUUUCGCCAGCAUAGAGUGCAUGGGAGCGCUUUGGGCCAGCAGGAGGACAGGGAAGGUAAAUUAUUUUAAAAAGUGCAAAAGAAAUGCAGGGAGUCAGGGAGGGCUUUCUAAAUGAAGGGGGGUAGGGGGGGAGAAUAAAGAGAACAAGCUUCCUCUCGCAGGAUCUGCCUGCAAGGGUAGAAGCUAAGCAUGUCUGUGAUCAUCAUGAUAUCUGCGCUGUGCGUGCUGAUGACAGACGUUAAAUAUAUACUGAAUUGACAUUAGGUAGCCUGAAACAGAGUUUUGGGCUGCCCCAGCACACAAGUGCCAAUAUCUCUAGAUGUUCAGUGUUUUAAGCUGAAACACUUCACAUACAGACUCCUACCACCAUGAUCACUUCAAAUCACUCAAGUGGUCAUGGUGGUUGGAGUAACCCUUUAACAUCUACAUGAACCAUGCAAUUUGCUGUGUACACUACUUGAAGGAUUUUACAGACAUAUUGCAAGUUUAUAAACAUAACCUAUAUUAGGAGUAAAUAUUUAUUAUACAAAACAAAGUAAAAAAAGAAUGUAACUUAGAAAGACUUGAGAUUCUGUUUGCUCAAAUAUAAAGACAAUUAAAGAAAAAACACCAUUAUGAAAUUUAAAUGGAUCCUGUGCCAGUCCAAGUAAUUCGGAUUGACCAAAUUCAAUCCAUACAAAUUCUUAUAUAAUCUGGAACUCUUUCUCAUAAAAAUGUCUCGGCCUUUGGAGAUGAGCUUUGAAUGCUGGGAAAUACUGAUAACAAUUUGACAAGAAAUAGAAGGAAUGCACCUAUGGAUUUCUUGCUCCUCAACCACAAAAUAAGCUAUGAUGGAUCUAAUGUUUGAAGUGUCCCUUUAACCAUGUAUUGAAAGUCACGCCUCUGGUAUAGGCAAGUAUUUCUUUCACUGCGGUUGUUGCUACUGGAUGAAAAGAAGGGGGCUACAAAAAUGACUGUGAAUGAGGUUAAAUAUCAUCCCAUAUGGGAGUCCAGCCACCUGGAAGAUGACAAUAUAGAAUCUAUAUGUGUGCUUGACUCUAUGUAAAUGAGCUCCAGCCUCCCAGCAUGCACUGCAAUAUAUUAAAGAUGGUUUGCCAGCAAUGUAUUGUAAAGUGAAAAAGGUAUUUAGACUGUAUCACUUCUGUUUACAUUGAUUUAUAUAUUUUUCUUGCAGGCUUUAUAUGGGGCGAAAUAAAAGAAAUGUGGGAUGGGGGAUUUAAUGAAUAUGUACAUGACUGGUGGAAUCUCAUGGAUUUUGCUAUGAACUCUCUCUACCUUGCUACCAUCUCCCUUAAAAUCGUAGCUUACGUGAAGGUAAGAACUGAUUAUUUUAAUUUAAUUAAUUAAUUUAUUUAUUUAUUUUAAUACAAACUGAAAAUGAACAGAAAAUCAUUUAAAUCUGGGGUGGGCAAACAGUAGACCCUAUCUUUUGUUGGUCUCAACUCCCUAGAUGGUUUGUCAGCCCCAAGCAAUCUUGAAAUAUGAAGCACAGAAGGCUAUAUUGUAUUUGUACCAAGUGCCCAGCAUCUAAGUUCAUUCUGUUUAUGCAUGCCUACAUUCUAGAAUAGGCUUUCGUCAGAAUUCCCUAAGGUAGAGGUUGAAAAGUGUUAGAAACUUAAAAUGUUUUGGAAAUGUUCCAGUAAUUAAUUUUACUUGCAUUUACAUAUUCUAAUAAUACUAGUUUGUUCGUUUUAGAAUUUUUUUUUUUAAUAUAGAUUUUCAAUUAAAAGCUUUUCCUUUGAGUAUAUAUUUUGGAACUGUGUGUAUAAAUGUUCCAAUCUUGUUCGUAGCUUUAACAUUCAAACAAGAUACUGCCUGUCUGCAUUUAAAAAAACAAUAUCCUUUGCGAGGUUGGUUUGGAGCCUUAAUUUACAUGGUGGUUUGACCUUGCAAAGCAGGCCGUCUGUAGUCAGACACAAGCCAUGUAUUACUAUAUUACAAGAAACUGAUGACAUUUCCCAUGGCCGGAGGGUUAUGCAUCCAUUGAUUAAAUUGAUAACUUGGCACCAUUCUUAGAACAAUAAUGUUUGUGUGUUUGUGCGAUCCAGCUGAGAUAAUUCAGUUUGUUCCUGAUGCUUUUUAUUUCAAACAGUACAACGGCUCACGGCCAAGGGAAGAAUGGGAUAUGUGGCACCCAACCUUAAUCGCGGAAGCCCUCUUUGCAAUAUCCAAUAUCCUGAGUUCUUUACGCCUCAUCUCUCUGUUCACCGCAAACUCCCAUCUUGGCCCUCUCCAGAUUUCACUGGGGCGGAUGCUGCUGGACAUUCUUAAAUUUCUCUUUAUCUACUGCCUGGUGCUUUUGGCAUUUGCCAAUGGACUAAACCAACUUUACUUUUAUUACGAGACUAGUGCCUCCGAGGAACCCAACAACUGCAAAGGAAUCCGAUGUGAGAAACAAAACAACGCCUUCUCCACGUAA